UGUUCGGCCGACAAGAGCCGACAUUAUAAAAUUCUCAGGCAAUUUCCCGUAAUUAGAGUCCCAAAAGAAGGGUAAUUAGAUAAAGUUAUUCUGUUCCUCUCAAUUUUUGUUUUUGUUCUAUUUGUUUGUUUCUUCCGAUUUCCAGCUAUGGGACCCAGCUCCCUCAUUCUUUCUGCUUCAAACCCUAGCAAAAACAUGAUACAAUCUGUAAACAGCGAAGGCUAAAGGCAGAAGCUUUUUGCUCUUUUGGGAGAGAUACGAAAACAGGGAGGUUUUUUUUUUUUUUUUUUUGGGUUGAGAAAUUACGAAUCCGAUCAAAUAAAAAUCAAAACCAAAGUUGUCAUUUUUAAGAAGAACCCAUCAAAUGAUCUCCAAUCCAAAUCUGAUAUUCUAUGCAUGCAUUGCAAAAGGACCCACAAUUCUUGCUGAAUUCUCUUGCAAAGAAGCAGGAAUCGAAUCGUUAGCUCAAAAAUGCAUCGAAAAAACCCCUCUUUUCCAUUCGAUUUUCUCUCAAACUGUUUCCAACAGAACGUACACCUUCUUAAUCGAUGACCCUUUUGCCUACUUCCUCAUAUUCCACGAGAAUCUUGAGAAAUCUGAGUCCUUUUGCUUCUUGGAUCACCUGAAAUAUGCCUUUGAGGAUUUUCUUCUAACUGGUUUAAUUGUGGGCACUGAUAAUUUUACCCCAAAUUGUCUCCAAUCCCAUUUCAAUCCAAUCUUUUCAAAGAUAAUGGCUAUGGAUUUGGAGUUGGUUACAUCCCCGACAAAAGCGAGUCAAAACCCAACUUUGGAUUCCAACAAAGGGAAGAGAACCGUGGUGGCUCCUAGGGUAGGCAAGCCAAUUAAAGGGUUGAAAAAGAAGAAAAGAUCGGGUGGUUUGGAGGUCAACGGGGUUGAGGCUAAAGAUGCCGGUGGUGGGAUUGGGAUGGAGGAUAAGGUUGAUGUGAGUGAUGAUUUUAGAGAUUUCCCUGUUUCUAUACAAAAAAGUGGUGCUGCUGGUUUUUAUAUGGGCAGUGGGGAUAGGCAACAAAAGGCUAAGCAAACUUGGAGCAAACAUGUUUGGGUGGUUUUGAUAUUGGAUUUACUUGUUUGUGCUACUUUGUUUGGGAUUUGGUUAUGGGUUUGCAGAGGCUUUCAAUGUAUUGAUGGUUGAAAGUUUUUGCCUUUGGGGGAGUUACUUUUUCUUUCUAUUGUAUAAUUUGAUGGUCAAAGUAAUGAGUUGAAUGGCGAAUUCCGUUGACAAGAGCGGCAUCCAGCGGCCGGCGGGUGGACAAAAACACUGUAAUGGGGAUUGUGAAAGUUGUAACAGUAAGUGUUUGAUUUUCUCUCAAAUUUUCAGUUCUGGCUUCAACUGGUAAUUCUCUUGUGAGUUGUGAAGUCUUUUUGUUUCGUGAUUUUCAGAACAAAGUCUUAUUUUUUCAGUUGUUGGUUUGCAAAAAAUUACAUGUAAUUGCACCAAAAACUGUUUAUAUCUACAAUUGAUACUCUUGUCUCUUUAAUUGAUGAAGGAUCAGCUUAUUGCUUUUUCCUUUGCUCUUUGUUGCAUUAGUAAAAGUAAUUCCUUUUUGAAUGUAACAGUUUCCAUCUUUCUCUUCAGAAUGAUUAAUCUUUUCUUCAUUCUGCAAUUCAAUAAAAAAGAUGAUUGAAGUUCUAUGUUUAUCAUUGUAAUUCUGGGAAAAAGAUUCAUUGAACUUUUAGGGAAUUUUGGGCUGUGGGCCCACAUACAAGUAACUAAAUGAAAUGAAAAUGCAUGAGUCAUCUGAAAAUGAACUAUUUCAUUGUUAGGUGUGGGAAAUGCCUAAAAGAUUACUCUUUGGGGUCAUCUGACAAGAUAGAUAAGAAACAUAGUCCUUGAAAGAAUGAAAAAAAAACCAGUAGUGAGGAACAAUUUGGCAUGGUGAAGGAACAGACCAGCCUCUGUUCCUUUUAGUUACUCUUGCGUUUGCCAAUGGAUUAAUCAGAGUAUGUAUGAGGCAAAUUUUUUUCCUUUUAGAUUGUAAAUUGUUUUUAAGAAACAUAAUUCUAGAUUAAUUUUCUAUCUGGAAUUAAAUUUGUUAAUCUUCUAUCUUAACACAAAAUUUCUUCUAUCAUUGGUGGUUUUCAUGUUGCAACCACCAGGAUUGCAUUCUUCAGAAAAAAAAAAUGGCUCUUCUUACAUGACUGGUUCAUAUUUUUUUUUGCUGAGAGAAUUCAUUUGUUCAGUAGCAUUAGGUUCUAUGCACAUUACAUGACUAUCUAUUCUAUUUAUCAUACCUGAUUAACAAGAUAAUUA